AUGAACUAUAGAAGAACUUCAUCUGAUGAGAUUUCGGAAGGCACUUCUGGCGAACCAGCCCCAGAUCGACUUGAGGUGGUCAAUUUGCUUGAUCCGCCAACUGAGUUUGUCAAGCAGUCGUCCGACUCCAUCGAACCAAGUAGGACACAUUUAGACAAAGACCGAGCUCGAGAACACGACAGGAACCAACGCAUCCGAGUCCGUCUCUCAGUGAACGAGCGGCCAGGCUAUCCCAUCCUGAGUGCCCGAGCGGAAGACGCCGAUGACUCAGACCGUGGUCUUUUGCGCUAUGCAUGGGAGCCUGCGUUCGAGCCCCGGCCGGGCCGGGGCUCCCAUGGUGCUGUUUGGGGUCAGACGAGUGAGCAUAAUGGAAUGCUGCAACGCAAAACGACGGACGAGGCUGAUGAGUACAAAAGGGGAGAGAAGAGACAUCGGAAAAAGCUGGCGGACCAGGGACAGGUGGAGGAGAAGGGAGACCAAGCAAGUGAAGAGGAGAAAAAAGAUGAUGACGAAGAGAUGAAUGGAAGCGAGGACUCUCUACAACAAUCCUACUUUGGAGAGAAACUGGAGUCGUCGUUGGAAGACGGAGAGGCAGAGACUGCGAGAGGGCAACAUGGCCAACUGCCAGAUGGGACGUUCAGUAUGGAGGAGGAUACGGGAGUUUUGCGCUUGAUGCGACCUCUGCGGCCCGAAGAAGCUGCAACCAACUAUCUGGUCAUGCUGUUGGUACGCGAUUCUGGUCAACCUCCGAGAAGUGCACAAAAGGUGAGUUUACGUGUGGUAGGACAUGGUGGGUAG